AUGUCCGACGACAAGAACGAACCAGGCUACGUCCUGGGCACCGAGACUGAUGGAACAGACUCCAUUGAUACCAUCACUGCUCUGGUUGCCGCAGACCAUGAACAUGAUAUCAAGCUUCGGACCAUGUCGUGGCAGAAGACGGCCUGCUUGCUUGCUGGUGAGCAGGUCUGUUUGGCCAUCAUGGCACAGUCAUGGUCUCUCUCGAGGGGUCCCCUCAGCGUCCUCGGGUGGGUUCCGGGAAUUAUUACUAUGAUCCUUUGCGGACUCCUCUUCUGGGUCACCUCCAUCACGAUGCACAAGUAUAUCAUGAAGCACCCUCAUAUCAGGGAUAUCUGCGACUUCGGAUACCACGUAUUUGGACAGAGCAAAGCUGCCUACGUCUUCUCCGCAUUCAUGAUGCUUGCGAAUAAUAUUCUUCUCAUUGGGUUUCACGUCUUGACUGGCGCCAAGGUCUUGAAUACCCUCUCAGAUCACUCAUUGUGCACUGCCGUCUUCUCAAUCAUCACGGCUAUUGUGGGAAUCGUCAUGUCCAUGCCCCGGACCUUGCAACAUAUUAGCUUCAUGUCAAUGUUCUCAUCUGCAUGCAUGGGUAUCGCAAUUCUGCUCUUUCUCGUUUUUGCCGGUAUCGAAGAAGCCCCCCUCUACGGAUACAAGGGCAACUACCCGACCGAUGGCCCCGUGAAAACCUAUGCCUUCCCUCUUCCAGGCACCACAUGGGUCGCGUGUAUGAACGCUGUGCUGAACAUCACCUAUCUCUGGGUCCCGCAAAUCCUGUUUCCAACCUUCAUCUCAGAAAUGGAACGGCCACAAGACUUCUCCAAAGCAUUAGCCGUUCUCGCCGCGAUCUCCGCCAUCCUAUUCAUCGUCCCUUCGGCCAUUGGGUUCCGCUACCUAGGCCAAUAUGCUACCGCCCCAGCUUUCGGCAGUCUUGGAGUGGUCUCCUACAAGAAAUCAUCCUUCGGCUUCGUGAUCGUCCCCACCCUAGUCAUCGGCGUGAUCUACGCCAACGUAACUGGGAAAUUCAUCUAUACCCGCGUCCUCGGCAAGUCCCGACACUCACACAGCCACACGGUGAUUGGAUGGAGCGUGUGGGGAAUGAUCAUGGUUGCGAUCUGGCUACUCGGGUUUGUUUUUGCAGAGAUCAUUCCCAGCAUGGGCGAUUUCCUUUCCUUGCUCAGCGCGGCCUUUGACUCGUUCUUCGGGUUCAUUUACUUCGCUGUCGCAUACUGGCAGCUAAACCGAGGAUCGCUUUUCAAAGGUCUGGGAAGGACUGCUUUGACUCUGCUCAAUGUUCUCAUCAUGAUGGUUGGAUUGUUCUUGCUGGGCCCUGGGCUAUAUGCAGCUGUGGAGGCGAUUAUUGCGGACUACUCGGGAUCUGUCACGCCUGCCUUUACUUGUGCCAAUAUGGCUAUCUAA